CUCCUCCUCCUCCUCCUCCUCCUCCUCCUCCUCCUCCUCCUCUCCCUGCCUCCUCUCUCUUCCAGUCCUGGCGCCCGGCCUGGCCUGGAGGGCCCCGGCUCCGCUCAGUUCACAGCCAGCCACCGCCAGCGCUGGUCACUGCCAGCUAGGCCCCUCCUCGGACGGUUUUUUCGCCCCGACGCUGCGGACUGUCCCACAAUGGGCCCGACGGCGGGCCCCCCCCGAGCCCGACCGUGGAGGAGCAGGGCCGGGACUGGCAAGGUCCUGUCGUCGGAGAUCCAGGACGUCAGCGGAUGGGGCAGCGGGGCGCGCCACCGCGAGAGCCACGGAGCGCCCUUCCCCGGCCGGCUGGCCGGCCGUGGGCCCAGCCCCCGAGGCGCGCCCGGCCCGCCCUGCCCGCGCCCGCCCUGCCGCGCGCCCUCGCGCCCCCCAGGGGUUCGCCUGGGGCCCUGCAGCCGCCACGAGCCCGAGGCCGGCAGGUUGGCACCACCGCCGCCAGCCGGGGCUCGGCAGCAGCCGAGGGGAAGGCUGCCUUGGCGACAGCGGCAGUGCUGAGGCCACCUCGUGCCGGCCUCUGCCGAUUGACGCGGGUGCGCUCAGCGCUCUGGGCCGGACGUCGCCGCGCGCCUGCGCUUUUCAAGACUCGGGGCUGCUGUCUUCCACGGGGCGCGGGGUUAUUACGGUCACUUGCGAAGUGUCACGCAUCGGGGGGUGCUUGUGCGGCCAUCUCAGGAGGUACCAAGCGGAACCCCGAGACUGGGACGCCACUUGUGAGCUUGCGAAA